CUUUCUGGGAGUUUUUCAUGAAAUUGGAUGUCACUCAUAUAUAAAAGACGUGGCAAUCAAUGGGUUAAUUUUAUACGUUUUUUUUAUUUUCUUAAAUUCCUUGAUCCUUCUAUUUGCUUAAAUAACACGGUAAUGGAGUGCAAGGAUGGUAAGGAUUGCAGUACGGUAUCGGAAGUGACAAAAAUCGGGGGCAACAAGGUCCAGGUAUUAUCGGACAACAUCGAGGUGGUGGAAUGCAAGGUGGCCUCCGGGGUGGACUUUUGCAAGGAAUUUCUUCAACUCUCGGGAUUUUACACGGAAGAAAUUAUGGCAUCAUCCAGUGCUUAUAGAAGAUUAAUGUUGAAGAUCGCUUCGGUCUUACCCGAGAAAUUUCGCGCCGCAUUUUUGCAUCCUGCAGGUCCGACAACUGUAUUCUUCUGGGCGCCAACAUUUAAAUGGGGCCUUGUUAUAGCGGGCAUAGGAGAUAUUAAUCGACCCGUAGAUACGAUUUCUCUCAGCCAAACCGCGAGUCUUAUGAUUACAGGUGCUAUUUGGUCUAGAUACUCACUGGUCAUUAUACCAAAGAAUUAUAAUUUGUUCAGCGUCAAUUUAUUCACUUGUGCCACGGGAGCAUAUAACUUCACCAGAGGAUUAUUAUAUCAAAUGGCGCAAAAAUAAAUGGACAUCAUCAGUAUGCAGAUCAUGAAAUUAU